CCAACCAUGCUUCACCGCCCCUAACCAAAAAUACCACGCCCUCCCUCAUUUCUAACAUGGCGGUCACUUGUGGACUGUACCAAAGAUUAUGGAUAUACUGACAAGAUACGUCUCUCCACACUAACAAUGGGAGUCGUUGUCCACAACGCGGCAUGGCAGGCUGUCUGCCUAUAAUUUCUUUGGAUUGGUGGAUACAUCUCCUUAUUGUAAUCUGCUUUGAAUAUUCGAUUGGAUUCGAGUGGAUCUACCCAGACAUUUGUGUAAUGAGGACGACAUCCUCAACACAACUUUGACUACAGCAUCUAGCCUCCAAAACUGCAGCUCCCAGCGUGCCCUGCUGUGAGUCCCUGUGGGCGUGCGUGGUCCUCCCCUCAGACUGGCAGAGCAGGCAGGCAUAGCGGCACCGGCAGGGGGCCAGUGGGUGACGCUUUCCUCCAGCCUAAGUUGGGGUUCGAGGGUUCAUCGAGAAGAUAAAGAGGGGUAUCGAGACGACAUCAAGAGAGUAUCGAGGGGAGAUCAAGAGGGCGAAGUCUCUGCCUCGUCAGGUGUGUGUGUGGCUCGGAGCAUGGUGAGAGGCUGCGCUGGUUGCCAUGGAGCUACAGGAUAAGAAGCAGGAGGAGGGGGUGGGGACCCUGGGCUUGUCCACUGGUCAGGCUCUGGGGACACUGAGGGACCAGCUCACCACCCUACUUGACCAGCACCAGACCACAGGCCAUGGCAAACGACCCACUGCACAUGAGCAGUGGGUGAAGAGCUUCCUUCACCAUGGCAACCGACACUCCUGUCUCCAUUGGCCAGGAGCUGCCCUUACACUGCUGGUGGUGGUGGGACUUCUCUGUUGUUAUGGCGACCAGCCACACGGCAGUUCUGGGAUAGAGUUGGUGAACGCUGCGGCCCUCCUCCUGCUCUUCACGCUGAGCUUCAUGCUGAUUGGUCGACAGCAGAGGCUGAGGAAGACUGAGAUGGUGCACCGGCUCAACAGCAUCAUCAAUCAGCUCAACGACUACCUGUCGGGCUGGGCGGAUUUGGGUGAUGGGGUGAGGUGGUCUCCCUCCCUCUACCCUGACCUGUACACCCCCUCCUCCCCCUCCUGGUCGCUCCACUGGACCUACCGCGACUCCAAGCUGGUCAACCUGCCUGUGUCCCUACUGGUGGAGGGAGACGUCAUAGCACUACGUCCAGGAAAGGAGGCCUUCGCUUCCCUCAGAGGCAUCAAGGAUGAUGAGCAUAUAGUUCUGGAGCCAGGUGACCUGUUCCCACCUCUCUCCCCUCCUCCCUCCCCCCGGGGGGACCAGAAGAGGGGUCCCCAGAGCCCCCAGCAGCACCGCCUCUUCAGGGUGGUCCGCACCCCCAUCCUCGACAGUGUCAGGAACAGUCUGGACCUGGCUCUGUCUCGACCAAUCACAGCCCUGGAUAAUGAGAGGUUCACCGUGCAGUCCAUCAUGGCCAGGUUCGCCUGCCCUAUAGUACUGGUGGCGUUCUUGGUUGUGAAUACAGUGCGUUAUUUCUGUGACGCCCCCAGCCUCACUCCUGGACGCUUCAACUUCAUCCAGCUGCAGCUGAUGGGAGUGCUGCCCAUCCUUCCCCUUCUGUUUCCUGUCAUGUGGGUGCUGGUCAAUGCCUAUGGAGAGGCUAGCGUCCUGGCUGAGUCCAGCAGAGCUUCUCCUACUGGCCUGCUUGCUAAGUUCUCUGAGGAUACUCUAAGCAGCUACACUGAAGUGGUGUCCUCCCAGGAGAUGCUGCGGUGUGUGUGGAGACACCUGGUGGGGAUGCUGAAGGGAGAGUCCCAGACACUCUGCUACACCUCCAGCCUGCUACACACACUAGGCUCUGUCACUGUGUUGUGUUGUGUGGACAAACAGGGUGUAUUAUCCUGGCCUAACCCCAGUCCAGAGACCGUGUUGUUCUUCAGUGGUCGCGUGGAGCCGCCUCACAACGACAGUCAGGAAGACCUGCGAGACGAUCUGUCAGUCAACUCCUUCUGCCGCAUGGAGACCGACGAUGACCGUGACGAGACCCAGGAGGGGGAGGCUCUGCUGUGUAUGCCAAUGAUGGAUGGGAUGGGGGACGGGCAUGAGCCCAGUGAGACUUCACAUGACACUGGCCGUUCCGAGGACACAGUUCAGCCUCGGUGGCAGGCGCGGGAGACACGCACCAAACACCCCUCAGGAUCUAAUGUCAGCUUCAGCCACAACACAGAGGGAGGGGACCAGGGCCCUGAACAGGACAUGGUGGGUUGCUGUGACAACGAAGCGGAGGACUACGUGUGUGACUACCACCUGGAGAUGCUGAGUCUGUCACAGGACCAGCAGAACCCGGUGAGUAUCCAGUUUGACGAGCAGGGCUGGCAGUGUCACCUGCCCAGCCUCAAGCCCCUGGGCCUCAACAUCCUGCUCAACCUGUGCAAUGCCAGCGUCACCCAGCAGCUCUGCCGCUUCUCCGACCACCUCAGUAACCUGGCACUGCAAGAGAGCCAUGGGGCCGUGCUGCCCGUCCACGUGCCCUGGGGACUGUGUGAGCUGUCCAGGCUUAUAGGGUUCACUCCCGGGGCGAGGGAGCUGUUUAAACAGGAGAACCACCUAGCUCUGUACCAGCUGCCCUGUGGGGAGAAGGCCAAGGAGUCUGUCCCUCGACGCCUACACAACUUCACCAAGAGACAACCUCCCAUCAGCCACCUCAUCUCCCUCUUCAUCAGAGACUCCUCUUCCAAUAACGUCCAGAUGUUGUCUCACGGCUCAGCUGACCUCAUCCUGGAGGCCUGCACUGACGUCUGGGACGGAUCCGACAUCUACCCCCUCUCUGGCUCCGACAGGAAGAAAGUUCUGGACUUCUACCAGCGUGCCUGUCUGUCGGGCUACUGCUCUGCCUUUGCCUACAAGCCCAUGCAGGUGUCCCUGUCCAACCAGCUCAAUGGGAAAUGUGUGGAGCUAGCCCCCGGCCCCAACCUCUUCUCUGGGGUUGAACUGCCCUCCACCACCCCUAUCAAAUACGGCUCCCGCAGGAAUUCCUGGAGCUCUGAUGAGGGUAUAGGAGAAGGUGUGGAGAAGGAUGACUGUGUUCAGGCUCUGAGCGGUCAGAUCUUCAUGGGGAUGGUGUCAUCACAGUUCCAGGCUCGUCUGGACACGGUCAGGCUCAUAGACGCUCUGGUCACCGCCUGCAUACGCUUUGUUUACUUCUCUAUGGAGGAUGAACUACGCAGCAAGGUGUUUGCAGAGAAGAUGGGCCUGGAGACAGGGUGGAACUGUCACAUCUCUCUGACCCCAAACAGGGACAGUCCCUGUGAUGGCGCCCCUAACAGCCCCGGCCAGGACUCCCUACAUGAUGACCUGCACCAAGACUCCCGAGAUGAGGCAGAGGGGCCGUUGUUACCAGAGGAGGAGACUGCUGAUGUUCCCAGCUUCCUGGAAGACUGCAACAGAGCGAAGCUACCUCGUGGUAUCCACCAGGUUCGUCCUCACCUGAAGAACAUUGACAACGUGCCUCUGUUGGUGCCUCUCUUCACCGACUGUACCCCAGAGACCAUGUGUGAGAUGAUAAAGAUCAUGCAGGAGAACAGAGAGGUGACGUGCUGCCUGGGGAGCUCCGCCAACUUCCGCAAUAGCUGCCUCUUCCUACAGAGCGACCUCAGCAUUGCCCUGGACCCCCUGUACCCGUCUCGGUGUUCGUGGGAGACGUUUGGCUACGCUACAGGAGCAGGGCUGAACGGGGAGAUGGAGGGUCUGUCUCCCCUCAGUCUGUCUGGUCAACUCAACACCCUGGCCUCUUCUGUCACCUUCCACCAGGGGGAGUCUGUCAGCAUGGUCAAACUCAUAGAACAGGCGCGUCACACCACGUACGGCAUCCGCAAGAGCUUUCUCUUCCUGUUGCAGUGUCAGCUGACCCUGGUCCUCAUCCAGUUUCUGGCCUGCCUAGCCCAGCUCCCUCCUCCCAUGAACAUCACUGACAUCCUCUGGCUGUCCUGCUUCAGCUGUCCGCUGCUCAGUGUGUCAUUUUUAGGAAAGCCACCAGAAGGUUCUGUGAUGAACGUGGCCACAGGGAAGAACCAAGAUGCCAUCCCCAGAAAGACGCAGAACUACUUCCUGGGUUGUUUCCUGUUGAAGUUUGGCCUGACCGUGUGUGCCUACCUGCUGGGCUUUGGCUUCACGCUGCACGAGGUCUGCCUGAGGGCCAACAACCUAACACUGGCAGAGAACACCACCAUCAGCUGUACUGAUAUCCUCAGGGUCAGUUCAGCUCAGGACGCCCCCCAUUGGUUCAGGGAGCUGUCCAACGGCCUGCUGCUCACUCAGAAGGUCAUGGCUGGGUUCCUGGCCCUGCACACAGUGGUCAUCUCUCUGAGCUAUGUCCAUCGCUCCCAGCCGCUGUGGAAGAAGAACCCCUUCAGCAACACCUGGUGGUGCCUCACUGUCCCCAUUGUUCUUCUGGGUCAGUUGGUGCAGGCCACGGUGGACUACCAGCUGUGGCAGGACCGGUCGGGACAUUUGACCUUUGACCUGAAGGACAUCCCCAUGCUGGCCUGGCUGCUGGUCUCCUUGUCCUCCCUGGUGGUGGUGCUGCUCAAUGAGGCCGUCAAACUACACGAGAUACGGGUGAGGGUUCGCUACCAGAAGAGACAGAAGCUACAGUUUGAGACCAAACUAGGGAUGAACUCUCCCUUCUGAUUGGCUCAGACAAUGAACAGAGGGGCGUGGCAAUACAUGCUGGGAACCAAUCAGCCCUCGGGGAAAAUUGGAUGCCCCAGAAUCUGGAGUAGGUCGUAGUUGGUUCUAACUGCUGACACUGGGUCAGAUCGUUUCUCAUCCCUCUGUUUGUUAGGAUUGGAGAAAGGGUAAUAUGAUCCUAGAUCUGUGGUUGAGGGGAACUUCUACCUCAAGCCUGUAAUCGCACUCCUCCUCAGUGGCCAUCGACCUAAACCCAGGAGCACUCAACCCACCUCAGCCUGGAAGCACUGGCUCCUAGCAGGUAGCGCUAACCUCAACCAAACCGCUAUUGGAUCCUUGUUUAAAUUGUGUAAUGGUAUUUUUAUUUUUAUUUUUUAAUCCCAAAGCAUUUUCUUUAUUUUUUGCUUUUAAGAGAAAGACAAACAAAAAAUGAGAAGUAUUUAUAAUAUUGUGGAAUGUUAUUGAAGGCCUGGGGAAUGUUUUACUGUAGUCCCUGCUUGGGGAUGGGGUUACGGUCUCACACUGUAUCACAAAGGGAUUAUCACACUUCAGCAUGUUCCUUCAGCGGGGGGGACAUUUUGCCAUGGGGCGGAGAGAACAUUUGACAGAUUUAAAGCUAAUUUCCUGCAAUUCUACACAUUUUGCUAUGGCUUAUGCCAUGUUCGUAUGCUAUCUGAGUGACUCAAACAUUAUAACAAUAUCAAUGCCAUGACAUUUUGGGAAUUUUAGUCCUCAAAGAUGAUCGAAUUAAAAAAGAUAUUGCUCCAUUAUCUUUUCUACAUACAUUAUAUCUGGUUUUAGUCGUUUAAGUUCACACUGAAAAUAUUUUACCAUCCCAAAAGUUAUAUAUAUAAAAACAAAAAAUGCAUGUAGGGGAAACACUGCCAGAGUAGAGUAUCCCAAUACCAGAGUAGAGUAUCCCAAUAAUAAUAAUAAUAAUAAUAAUAUAAUAUGCCAUUUAGCAGACGCUUUUAUCCAAAGCGACUUACAGUCAUGCGU